AGCCGGGGAGCGCCGCGCUCUCCCUCCCAAACUUUGAUGAUGACCAUGACUACGAUGGCUGACGGGCUGGACGCGCAAGACUCCUCGAAAUCCGCCUUCAUGGAGUUCGGGCAGCAGCAGCCGCCGCCGCCGCAGCCGCCGCCGCCGCCCCACUCCCAGCAGAGCUCGCCGGCCAUGGCCGGCGCCCACUACCCGCUGCACUGCCUGCACUCCGCCGCCGGCUCGCAUCCGCACCACCAGCAUCACCACCACAGCUCGCCCUACUCCGGCACCGCCGGCUCCUACAACCACCGUUCGCUGGCCGCCUACCCCUACGUGAGCCACUCGCAGCACAGCCCGUACCUCCAGUCCUACCACAACAGCAGCGCGGCCAGCCAGACGCGGGCAGACGACUCAGAUCAGCAGAAAACCACAGUGAUUGAAAACGGUGAAAUCAGAUUCAAUGGAAAAGGGAAAAAGAUUCGGAAACCUCGAACCAUUUACUCUAGUCUACAACUCCAGGCUUUAAACCACCGCUUUCAGCAGACUCAGUACCUGGCACUUCCAGAGAGAGCUGAGCUGGCAGCUUCAUUAGGACUUACCCAGACACAGGUGAAGAUCUGGUUUCAGAACAAGCGCUCCAAAUUCAAGAAGCUGCUGAAGCAGGGCAGCAACCCCCACGAGAGCGACCCCCUGCCCGGCUCCGCCGCCCUCUCCCCGCGCUCUCCGGCUCUGCCUCCGGUCUGGGACGUUUCAGCUUCUGCCAAGGGAGUCAAUAUGCCUCCCAGCAGCUACAUGCCUGGCUAUUCUCACUGGUAUUCUUCUCCACAUCAAGACACAAUGCAGAGACCACAAAUGAUGUGAAUUGUCCAAGAGAAAUAAUCUCCCAAGAACGCCUCGUCUCGACAUGGCAAGAAGUUCCCCUGCUUUGCCAAGCCGUGCCAGCUAACAGGCUCUGUGUGAACUUGUAGAUGCGGCAAAGAGACAGAGUGGCUUCAUUUUCUUUUAUUUUUUUCUUUUUCUUUUUUUUUUUUAAAGUAACCUCAGCGAUUGAUCUCGAACAGAAAGACACAAUUUUCAUUCUGGCGCACAGAAGACACUUCUCUUUAGGAUAUUUUCCUUUGGACUCCAGGGCACCAGCCUCUUUCUCUGUGGAGUAUACGUCAAAACAAACUUUUUACAGACUUCGCCCACAAGAAGAACCUGAAUCUACCAUGGCAGCCGUUUUUACUUGUUUAAUGAGCUAAAGACAUUACAUGAUGAAAGAGGGACUGGUCAAAGCUCCUUCAUUUUUAUUCACCAAAUCAGUACUGGGGGAAAAAAAAUUCAAAGAGAGAAGAAGGGAUUAAAAAAAUGAAGAAGGGAAGAAAGGAUAACUGGUUGAAAAAUGAAAACAUACUGUAAGAUUAGAACAUUACCACGAAGCAAAACCUGCAUGCUUUCUCAAAAUGCAACGGGCUGCGGCUCCGAAGAAACCACUGUCUCUCCCGCCAAGAGCCCCCUCACCCGCGCACACACACCCGCACACAGCCGGACAGACUCCCGGAGACGAGCAGGACGGACAGAGCGAGGGAUCCGCGGCAGGACUCGCCGCGGCGGCAAGGCAGGAAGGUUCAGCGCUGCCCGCCGGCAGCCUCACCCCUGAGAGAGAGGGACCUUCCCCCCGAGCAACCUUUCUGUAUAUAUUGUUGAAUUUUAGUUGUACAUAUACUUUGUAUGGUUUUGUCUCCUUUCAUAUAUAGAGUAAAAGCCA